CAGAGCCUUGGGGGCGGGAACGGCCGGAUGCAGCAUGCGUGCGUGCGUGCAGCAAUAAAAGGAUGAGAGAGGUAGAGAGAGAGAGGAGAGAGAGAGAGAGAGAGAGAGAGAUGUAUAAUAUUCUGCCAAUAUGGAUUUAUCUCUUCUGCUCUAAUUCACAGACAAGAUAAGAGCACAGCUCAAUAUAUCCUUCCUCUCUCUCCCCUGCUCCUGUCCUCUCACUCUCUACCUCUCUCCACCACUCACACACACACACGCGCCGCAGCUGUCAGCUUGUAUGCGUCCCUCCUCGCGCCAGCGGGUGGCCGCCUGGCUGCUCGCGCUGCCGUUAGGGAGAGGUGGAGAGGAAUGCGCGCGCCGCGGCCGCCUGGAGAUGAUUUCGUUUUGGCUGCUGUGCUGGAAGCUGUUGAGAGCUACAGCUGGUUUAAGGAGGACAACACCCGAGUUAACUGACGGUAACCAGGACAACAGCAGCUCUGGCAACAAUAACCCUGUGGACGAUUCUUCCACUCCUACACAGCCAACGGAUCCAGUUACCAUGGAGAUCAGCUCGUCACCUCCACUAACAGACCUGGAAAGAGACAACUUAUUUAGCUGCCACAACCAGGAAGUGGAGGAACUCCAGUACCCAGCAGUCCAUGGGUUGGAGGAAGAAGCUGCAGAGGGAGAACAUGGAAAAAGAGAUGAGGAUGAGUGUGACUAUCUUGUUUUUGAGAUAGGAAAAGACAGAGGAGGUGAAAGUGAAGAGGGUCAAGACGCAAAGAGAGGAGGAGAGGAGAGAGAAGAUGGAGGAAGAGAAGAAACAGAGGGAGAAGAUGAAGGGAGAGGAGAGAUAGAGGGAGAGGAAGAAGGGAGAGGAGAAAUAGAAGGAGAAGUUGAAGUGAUAAGAGAAAUAAAGAUAGAAGACAAAGAUAGAGGAAAAGUAGAGGGAGAAGAUGAAAGUAAAGGAGAAACAGAGAGCCAAGACUGGGGGUGGAGAGAAAUAGAGGGAGAAGAUGAAGGGAGGGAAAAAAUAGAGGGUGAAGAUAGAGAAAGUGGAGAAACAGAGGGAGAGAUGAAAGAAGAUGCUCUGUCAGAGCUUCUGGUCAUCUCUGACAGUCCUCUGUGUCCUUCAUCAUCAGAGCCCAUGACUGUCACCUCAGCUCCUUCAGAGCAGCCAGCGGCGGCCACGUUGCAGGAUGCCUGGGGUCACGACCUCGGCAAUAGAGAUGACCUCAGUGACGGUCACCUCAGCGACUGCCUCCAGGCUGAGCUGGCUAUCGUGUACUCUGACAGUGAUGCUGGAGAGGACCAGUGGGCAGCUUUCACACCCUCUGAUCUCACCAACCAGGAGAAAACAGGUGGCAUAUGUGAUGGAGAGAGCAAGGAAGAGGAGAGAAGAGAAGAUGAGGAGAGACGCGAGGAAGAGGAUGAGGUAGAGAUAGAGAGUGGAAUGGAGGAGCAGAGAGAGGAGGAGCAGGAGGAGAGGAGAGGAGUGAGGGGUGAUGAUGACGAGCAGAUGAGGUCAAGGAGAGAUCUUUUCCUGCGGUCUCCUUCUGCCAGUUCCAUAGCCAGCUCCACAGACCCUGACAGGAAGGUUCCUGUGGAUUUCUGUGUGCACCAGGAGACCCACAGUGAGAAUGUCUCCACUGAGCAUGUGGACUUUCUGAUGGCCCGCCAGCAGUGGAAGAAGAUGGAGGAGGAGGUCAAAGGUCGGCCCAUCCCCAAACCAGGGCUCACAGCCCAAGGGAGCUUCCAGGGCACCCACACCUCACUGUACCCCCCAACUCGCAGCCCCCGACUCAAACACAGGGAGAUCCAUACACCAGUGCCCAGGGAGCCCCCCCUGUCCUCUACCCUGUCCCCCAGUUCAGAGGACUCGGGCCUGGAGGACUCAUCAUACCGCAGUCCCCUGGAGGAGCCAGAGAGCGCUGUGGAGAGAGAGAUCCGACUGACUCUGGAGAGAGAAGAGAGGCACCGCAGGGAGAGGGGGAUGAUUGCACAGGGCCUGGCUAUACCCAGACCGUCCACCCUGCAGACGGGACGAUCUCCACCCCGACCUCCCGCCUGCCGUACCCCUACUUUGUCCAUCUCCCCUUCCCCCUCCUGCUCCUCUUCCCUUCCCCGGUCUGUCUACCAUGAAAUGACAGCUAAUAAUGUCAUUAUCCUGGAGCCUGACUCCUCCAGCUCUGCCUCCAGGAACCGCUUACUCUCCUCCGCAAUCGGGGGUCUCUCCGACUGGCCGACGAGCCUGGAUGCGGUGCCCUCAGCCAACGUCAUCGUCGUGGAAACCUCCAACUUGAUCAUUCGCAGCGCUUCCGAGUUCUGCCUGAGCUCCACCCCUGUGACGAUGGAGACGCAGGAGAGCACUUUCUCAUCCAAUCCAUUUUUUAAGCUGCGCUCCCUCAGCAGCCAGUCGUUGGUGGAGCAGGAGAUCAGGAUGGUGAGGCAGAGGGAGGAGGAGUGGAGGAGGCAGAGGGAGGAGAUGUGGAGGAGGAGAAGAGAGGAGGAGUGGAGGAGAGGGAGGGAGAGGUACGAUACUGUGCUGGUGUCUCCAGGCCUGAAUGAUAACAUCAGUUACAAUGUGCCAGAGGUUUCAGACAGAUGUGUCUCCUCCCCUUCUUCCCCCUCCAGAACCCGCAAAAUGGAGCGAUCCAGUUUGUCUUGUGACCACAAGUUCCCCCCUUCCCUCUCCUCAGUGCCUCAUCGACAGAACGCCAUGGCACAGCGAUGGGAGGCCUCCUUACUAGCCAAUCAGAAGAAGGAGUGAGCAACAACAGCGCUCAGCUGUCAGCCAUUUAAAAGCCAAAACGAAGUCCCACACCUUUGUUUAUUCCUUACUUUGUCUGUCAGCAGCCGACGUCUACUGCACAGUUUGUCAAAACCAUGGGUUAGGACCAAUGAGUUGCAAGUCAGUUUUCUGUUGGAUGCCAUGUCAGGAGAGAUUGGUUACACAGAUUAAGAUAAUUUACCUAGUCUGGGUUUCUGUAAUGUUUUAGUGGCUGGAAAAGUAGACAAGUCCUGCUUUCAAAGAUAGAUUUUUGCAUGUUGUCUGAAACUGUAUGACUGUAUGACACAAUGGAACUGCCUGUCAUGUCAUAUAUAAUAACUUAUGUGGAUUUAUAAGGCACGUUCCUAGGGAGUGUAUCACAAUAAUAAGUGAGUAUAAAAUUGCAAUCAUAAAAAUACCAGAGUUUUUUGACAUGUGGGCCCAUAUUUUAUGUAAACUUUAGAGGCACAUGUAAAGAAAAAUCUGACAUAUUCUCCUUUAAUAUUUAAUACUUACAGCACUUUCUAGAUGUCUAGAUGUUAACCUAUGGCAUUAGUAGAACUAUUUAUUGAUACUGAUUGAUUUUUAUUACUAUGACUGACUGUAAUGCAGUGAUUUUCAAACCUUUUCUGGGCAGUCACAUUUUAAUUUCAGACUUUAAUUUAGUCAGUAUAUAUAAGCCACUAUUUUAAAAGUAUACUGUAUGUUUAUUUGUAGAAUAUUGUAGCUAUGCAUUGCAGAGAGAAGGUACAUGCAAAAAUAAUUUCGCAUGUUGUCUUCUUUAUGUUAUUCAUGCCAUAAAGGUGCCAACCCAGACUUUGAAAAUCACUGCCUUUGUGAAGUUUCCCUUUCAGCCAUGUUGACUAAACUGUACUAGCUUUUCAGCUAACUGAAUAUCAUUUUGGUCACAGUUGCACAGGCUAGCUUUUGCCUCUUCUUCAGAGGUGUUUGGUUGGAGCUCAGAUAGAGUUCAGUUUUGUGGGCUUAUUAUCAACAACAUGGAAAGAACAAAUAUAUACUCAUUUUAAAAAAAUCUUUGAAUCUCAAACGUGCACACAAUACUUGUUUCCUUUACGCUUUCCUCACAGUAUAAGGCUUGAUGGCACAGGACUUGAACAUUUUUGACAAGAGCUGUUGAUGUUCUACACAAAACCAACAAUGGCACAAACUGACCCUGAGCCCACUUUUAAAACAAUGUCAUUUUUUUCAGCUAGCUACUUAAUAUAUUAGUUUCAGCUAACUCUGUUUGCUACACUUCAUUAUACAAUUGCAAUAUGUCAAGGCAGCACCCAUCAUCUUCUGAAGAAAUAUGUGGCCAUAACUGAUGACAAAAAUGCUACAAAAAGAUUUUUUUUAAAGAAAAACCAAUAGGGCUGCCAGAGAAAAUAGGGCAUUAGAGCCAGUGUGUUCAGACUGAAUAAAAGGGAAUAUGUUAUAUUUGCUUUCUGAAUGUACUUCAUUUUUUCAUAUUAAGAUAUAAAAAAAGGAGGGAGGCUAGUCUCAGCUGACACACACAGGCACGGUCCACACACACAGUCGCUAUAGAUUCCAGCUAACAUCCGUUGCUAGUUAGCUCCCAGCUAAUGUCUGUACAGUCACUACAUUCAUUAUCCGGGGCAAAUAAACAGACCAUAAAGACACUCCAGCUGACAAAUUAAUGUGAAUAAACUUGAGGCAAAAAUCUACAUUCAGUCUGAAUACACCAUGGUGGUUUUACAGAUGUCAUUACUAUAUUUACAGCCAGAGUAUUAGCAUGGUGCAUAUAGCCGAGUCUAAACACUUUCUAUUCUUCUUUUUUUGAGUUAUACACCCUGUCUGUCUCUAUAGACUCUAUCUGUGGCUCUGCUGCUAUAGCAAAAAAUCAGCGCUCCUGAAUGAAUCAGAUAUUCUAACCCUAAUGUCAGUGAAGAUUUUUACAUAUUUUUAUGUCCUGUCUUGAUUCCUAAAAAGAGAUUUAUUGUAUUGUAUUUUUGCUGCAUAUAUUUAUGAAUUGAGCAGUGCUUAUAAAUCCUUAAAGCUUUUAUUUGUAAAAGAUUUAUAAUAUAUUGUGUCAUAUUGUGUUUUAAAUUGUGUGAAAGACUAUUUGAAAUUGGAAGUCUGCCAUGUUUUUUAGGAGAUGGCUUUUGUGCGUGGUGUGUGCAUGUGUGUACGAGUGUAUGCUAAUCCAUCCUUUAUACAUUAGCUAGUCUUACAUUAGUUUGGUCUCCAGCUCCAGAAUGAACUCACCCACUGGUUUCCCCUGUGUACUAAUCUUUGAAUAAAGGUGUAUUCAAGUCAUCUCAGAAAUGGGAUGAUUUUAACUGUCAGGGUGAAAUAGAACCAGGCAAAUAUAAAGCUAAUAGCAGCAGUUGAGUUUAGCAUUGCUAUAUUUUGAUUGUACUGUAAGCUUCAAUGUGUUUGCACUACUGUGUUACAGUGCAAAAUAUACUACAGAGGACCAAGCUACCAAGGUAGCUAACAAACUACACCUGAGCUGUGAGUCACUGUGCAACCUGAAGCUCUGUUAAUACAUAUGAUGUAGCCUGCUUCUACGUUUUCUGCCCAAAAUGUUUAAAAACUUUGUUGUUUUUUUUUCAAGUCUAUUGUAAUAUAACACUACAUUUCAAAUGAAAGUUGAAAGAUUUGCCUGCUGGCAUUUUCCUUUUUUUAAAAUACUGGCUGUAAAACAAACUAAAAGAAGAAAUGAGGGACAAAAUAGAAAUACUUUCCAAAGAUCAGCUGAAGUUAAUAUGAAUUCAGGAAUCUAAACCGGCCAAAUGAAGGGUCUGUCUUAUCCUGACCGUGGGGUGUAGGUAUAUUGUCAGUGUUGUGAAGCAGACAGUUAUCCAUUGAUUUGCGUUUCCCCUUACCUGAACCAUAACUGCCUAAAAUAAAGUGAUAAAGUAUUUGAAGUAAAGUAUCUCCAUACCAAAUCUGAAUUUACAAACAGGGCAUCAGCACAAAACCAGGUGGAUUUCAGAGUUAAAUAACUGUGUCUUUGUUGCUUUUGCUUCUCACACUACAAAUAUAUAAUUUCACAUGAUGGUCAACCCAUCACAGUUGUGUUGUUUCUUCUGAAAUUUCACCAGCCAUGUAGUGUUUUGAUAGAUGAUAACUUUGGGAAAUACCUAUAUGAUUUGGCCAACUCAAAUUUAAACCUUCAUAUUAGCUUCAUCUAAAUUUUGGAAUAUACGUUUCCACAGAAUGUUGCACAGAAUGGUUUUUGUCCUCCAUCCCUUUUAUUCACACUAAGAAAGGGUCAGUUCAUGGACAGAUAAUUGUUUCAGUCCGCAAAUGUGAGCAUUAUGUUAAAGUAGAUUUGAAAAAAAAAACCCCAAAAACAUCUGAAUCUAUCCUUUAAAGCUGAAGGUUGUGAUGUAUCAGAUUCUGAGAUGUGUUGAAUGCACAGUGCUAACUGUCCUGUAAAGAGCAGGGCGGGUUUAAAGAUCAGCAUGUCAUUAUGUUACUGUGUUAGAUUUACAGUAUGAUAGCACAUAUUACACACCACUGUACGCUCAGUGUUCGCCCUGUGAUUACAUUGCAGUUGGGGUCUUGUAUUCACAUCCGUACCUGGUUUGACUUCAGUUUUAGCUUUAAUGCAGUUUAUGCCAUCAACUAUUUAACAUUCUUUAUUAUUAUGGAACACUAGUUGUAGAAAGUGUAUUUAGUCAUAAUGUUGUUUAACAUUUUCUGAUUUUCUCUCGUCAGGUGUGGUAGUGUUCAUGCUACUUCUCAGUGAUUACAGAGGUAGCACUGGGUGACUCCACACACUGCUUGCUAGGAUACUCAACUGUCCUGACUAUUACAGUAUUUCCUCACUACUGUCAUUUGUUCUGGUUCAGUUUGUUAGUUUAUUUGCCUUGAGUUUCAGUCAUUUAUUAUUGCCAAAUUAAAGGUCUGGUGAUGACUUCUUCAAUAAAGCGUGUGACUCCUGAAA